UCUAUUCGCCAAAAACACAACGCCGCGAUGCUGCGGCAGCAUUUUGGAAGUAAGGCCCGCAUGCUGUGGCGCGCUGCCGCUUCUCCCUUGCGAUGCAGGGGAGUUGCAUGGCUUUCGAGUGCAGGCAUCCGCGCAUCGCGGUUCUCCGCGGCGAGCCGCCCAGGGCGUCGCGGCUUUGCCACAGGGGACUUUGAGAAACAACUGAUGCCCGAGGACAUUUUGCAUCUUCGAGCCAUGUCGAUGACCAUCAUGCAGGAUCCCAUCUGCGAGAUCCGACCGGAAGAGGCGGAACGCUACUUGGUGGAUCACGAGGAUCCGAUCGGCGAUCUGCCUGCCUGGCAUCCUACAAGGAUGGUGCACCAAGUCUUCGACCCCUUCAGGUCCCGAAAACUCACAGUGGUGAGAUACCAAAAGCUAAUCCUGGAGAGAUUGGACAACGAGCCCCUCCUUGCAGCCUUUGGAGUUGACACGGGCUUCAACAUGCAGGCCUAUUUUAUGAUCCUCCACGCCUGGCUAUUGCACCAAAGACUCGUGCUGGAAGGUUCCAAGGCGAAAAAGAUUGACGAGGACUUGUUCGAACAGUGCUGGAACAUGACCAGGUCCUGGUUGGUGCUCAAGAGAGUUCCGGAGUAUCGCUUUGAUGCGGAGCUGCAGAAUGUGCAAGAGUACAUGCUGGGUGCUUGCAUUGCAAUGGACAAAGCGCUAGAGAGGCCGGAUGUCCUGCCUGCGCGGGUGCAGCAGUGCUUGUGGGCCAACAUGUAUAGUGGAUCCGUCAAGAAAGACCACAGGGGCCUGAUGCGCUUGACCAAGUACAUGCUGCGGCAACUCGGGUUGAUCCUUCAGUUGGAUUCUGAUCGUUUCUUGUCAGGUCAGUUCAUCUGGGCCGAUUUUCCAGUCAGCGAUCGUGUGCGCAAACCUCUGAAGCUGCCCGAGUGGCGUGAAAAGUUCCGCAGCGAGCAGGUUGAGAGCUUGGGCAAGUUGGACUUGAAGUCCAUGGGCUCACGCCCCGCCAGCAUUCCGGGUUCAGACCCUAAGACGCCGUCACUGAGACCUUGAGGAUGGUGGUCCAGUUGGUCACCCUUCGGUGGAUUGGAUGCCAUGACCAUGCCAUGCAAUGACCAGACUGUACCAAUUGGUAAUGAUCCCGAUUUACACAACGUCAU